GUUGUAGCUACAAGUCCGGGGUGUAUUAAAGGCCACUGAGGGACGUGGUAUGUUAAUCUAUGCCGCUUAAAAGACGAGGCUGUGGGGGUAUCGGGCUCUUUUCUUUUUCUUUUUCUUUUUUUGUUUUGUGGCUGUGUAGAGGCUGGUUUCCUCCUCAAUCCCCGCUCCGACGCAUUCACAGGACGCUUUUCUCGUUUCUCUCCCUUUAGAAUUUCAUUGAUCUAGCAGACGAGCAGCUUCUUGUCUACCAUGUCAUCUCAGCGAAUGUGGAUAGCUAUCUUCAUUGGAAUCUAUAUACUCGUCACCAACGUUGGUGCGCAGGCAUCAAUUUCGAAUUCUACUGGUAGCAACCCAGGUUGUUACAGCUUUUGCCGCUUCAUAUCGUUAGGGGUCGGGUCACAGGGGCUCUGCAACGAAUCGGCUUCCGUGGGCGGCCUCUUCCUUGACAACUUCGAAUCCUGCGCCGACUGUGUCCGAGAGAAUGGCGGGCUCAGCUUGGCAUUCAAUAGAAGCGACGCGGAAAAUGUCCAGAAGCUGGUGACAGCGUGUCAAACUCUUUUCCCGGGGAAUUACACUGUGUUAGCUUCGGCCAUGUCUGUUAUUAGUAAAUAUGGUGGGCUCGGAACAAUGACGACUGCCGCUGGACACUCUACUAUGCCCGCCACGAGCCCAUCGGUGACAAUGGCACCAACAGACUCGUCUUCUGGUAGCACUGCCGAUGAGAGCCCACAUUCAAAUAGCAGAGCAUGGAUUGCUGGCGCUGUCGCUGGGCCUAUUGCGGGUGUUUCCCUAGCUGUCAUCGCCGUCUUUACCGCGAUCAAAAGAGCCCACCGGCGCCAGAAUAUAAACACCGUUACAACUGCCGAUAAGGGAAUUGGUUAUUUGUAUGGAAAAUCGGAGCUAUCAGCCGAACCACGGGAACUGCAUGAGCUCGAGGCUCGGGAUGCCGUGGAAACAACUGCCAAUAUACCUCCCCAAGAAUUGGGCUCUACGGAAAUAGCAGAACUGCAUGCCCAUGAGGGACGCUGACUGAGCAUGAGCUAUUGCAUAUAUGCUAUAUGCCUCCUAAUGGCGACGUGAAAUCCGGGGACGAAGUAACCUCGCAUUUCGGUCUGUGGCCCACGCACGGUUGGCCUAGUAGUUCUUGUGGUGUGGCGUUAAUCAACAGUUCAAGUGGAAUGAAAAUAUAGUUUGUGGCCUCCACGCCUGCUGCCCAGGGACUGUGAAAGUUAUAGUUUUAUUCUCCGAUUAUCGCUCUCAACACCAGAAUACGUCCAAUAUGUAUUCAUACGGCCU